AUGAAACACGGUUUAGCUCUGCUGUUGCUGCUCUUCGUGGGGACAUGCUCGGCUUCUACCUACAAAAAUGUGGCCUUGAAUGGCAAAGCAACUCAGUCAUACCGCCUCCAGGGAUCUCAGGCUUAUCUUGGGGCUGCUGAAAACGCCAUUGAUGGAAACCGUGAAUCUAAUUUCUUGGCCGGUUCAUGCAGCCACUCCAACCCACAGACCAACCCCUGGUGGAGGUUGGACCUGAUGGAGUCCUAUGUGGUCACCGCUAUCGUCAUCACCAACAGAGGAGACUGCUGUGCAGACAGGAUCAAUGGGGCAGAGAUUCACAUCGGAAACUCUUUACGAGACAAUGGUAUUGCAAACCCAGUGGUUGCUGUGAUAUCUAGUAUCGCAGCAGGCAGGUCUCAUAUAAUAACUCUUGAAAAACACGUGGAGGGACGUUAUGUGACUGUGUUUUUACCUGGUUCAGGAAAGAUGCUCACACUCUGUGAAGUGGAAGUCAACGGGUACCGUGCCCCAACUGGAGAGAACCUGGCACUUCAAGGAAAAGCCUCACAGCCAACAUUGUAUUCACAACUUGGCGAUGCAUAUAAUGCUAUAGAUGGGAAUCGUGACAGCAACUAUGACUACGGCUCCUGCUCUUGUACAUCAUACAUAGCCAGUCCCUGGUGGCGAGUGGACCUGCGGAAAACACAUAAAGUGUUUUCUGUUAAGAUAACCAACAGAAAUGCAUACGAACAUCGACUUGAUGGAGCUGAGAUCCGCAUUGGAGAUUCUGCUGUGAACAAUGGCAACAACAAUCCCAGGUGUGCUGUGAUCACACACAUCCCUGCAGGUUUUACCCACACAUUCGACUGUAACGGGAUGGACGGCCGCUAUGUUAGCAUAGUCAUUCCUGGAAGAAGCGAUUACCUGCACGUGUGUGAGGUGGAGGUAGGGGGGGUUUCUGCCACUGGCUGUCAAAGGCCAGGAGGUGCAACAGGUUUAUACCGUCUCCUCUUCUCAAAAGUGGACAACACCAUCUCCAUCAUCAAAAAAGGUUCACCAGAAAGAACAAUGAAACACGGUUCAGUUCUGCUGUUGCUGCUCUUCCUGGGAACGUGCUCGGCUUCCACCUACAAAAAUGUGGCCUUGCGUGGCAAAGCAACUCAGUCACACCGCUACAGGGGAUCGUGGGAUGCUUUUGGGGCUGCUGACAACGCCAUUGAUGGAAACCGUGGAUCUAAUUACAGAGCCGGUUCAUGCACCCACACUGUAGCACAGACAAACCCCUGGUGGAGGGUGGACCUGCUGGAGUCCUACGUGGUCACCUCUGUCAUCAUCACCAACAGAGGAGACUGCUGUCCAGACAGGAUCAAUGGGGCAGAGAUUCACAUCGGAAACUCUUUACGAGACAACGGUGCCAGAAACCCAGUGGUUGGUGUAAUUCCUAGUAUCCCAGCAGGCAGGUCUUAUACAGUAACUGUUACAAAACAUGUGGAGGGACGUUAUGUGGUUGUGUUUUUACCUGGUAAAGGAAGGAUCCUCACACUCUGUGAAGUGGAAGUCUACGGGUACCGUGCCCCAACUGGAGAGAACCUGGCGGUCCAAGGAAAAGCCACACAGUCAUCAUUGUAUUCAUAUCUUGGAAAUGCAUAUUAUGCUAUAGAUGGGAAUCGUGCCAGCAACUGGAACAAGGCCUCUUGUGCUUGCACUCUCUGUGAAUUCAAUCCCUGGUGGCGACUGGACCUGCAGAAAACCCAUAAAGUGUUUUCUGUUAAGAUAACCAACAGAGAUGCACACGCACAACGACUCAAUGGAGCUGAGAUCCGCAUUGGAGAUUCUCUUGCAAACAACGGCAACAACAAUCCCAGGUGUGCUGUGAUCUCACACAUCUCUGCAGGUUUUACCCAAACAUUCCAGUGUAACGGGAUGGAUGGUCGCUACAUUAACAUAGUCAUUCCUGGAAGAACCGAGUACCUGACCCUGUGUGAGGUGGAGGUGUAUGGCUCUAGACUGGAUUAG